CACGUCUUUUCCCUGAUGAUUUUUUUUUAAAUGCAAGCUUUGGCGUGACGCAGAAUGCAGUCACACCAAGAGCUCUGCGUUAAGUCCGAACCUUGCGCGACUCCUACCUCGCUAGAGAUCGGAGCAACCGAAACUCCCACCCUGCCUGAUGUGGAUCUCUAGAUGGGAGAUCUCAGAUCUGGAGAACGACUACAGGCCAGACAUUGCAACUUGGCUCCUAGAGGGGUCCAGACCCAGACCUCACCGCUGCAGCCCUUGCCUUGUCCCAACCGUUCCCUGUGCGCGCCGCUAACGGGCGCAGGAAAGCCGGAACCGCCUCCCUCCUUCCAUCGCCGCACCGUCUGUUAAGGGCUUCCGGCACCGGGAAAGGGAGCCGAAUCCCUGAGCCACGUCGGGCUGGGGCAGGCGCGUGGCAGACCCCGCGGCCCCGCGCCCUCCCCUCCCGCGGCGUAGAGCGAAAGCGAAAGCCGGGUGUGGCCCCGCCCCGCUCGCUGCGGCUGGAGGGAGCAGCAACGGAAGCUCGUCAGGCUGCGGGUUGGGCGGCUCCAGGUCCCGGCUUCGGCUCUUUCGCGGUCCCCCCGGCCCGAUCUCUCGGCGUACGAGGAGCAGCAACGCCUCGGCGGCAGCGAACGCAUCCCCUACCCCGGCACCGGACAUGUGGGCGCUGCGAGUGUGUUGGCUCCUGCUGGGCACCCUGGGCUGCGGUUCUGCCCAGCUGCUGUUUCGAAAUAUCAGUUCUGUUGUAAUGUACCCUUGUAAUACAACUGCCAUUCUACCUUGUUUUGUAACGAAUCUAAAAGACCACAAUGUUAAAAGAAUGUUUGUGAAGUGGAAACUAAAUGGAAAGGAAUUUUUUUCUUUUGAUGGAGAUGGUAAAGUCACGAAAAACGCUACUUUUUCGACUGCAGAAUUGCAGGAUCAAUCAAAGGUACCUGACGGCGAUGCCUCACUCAAGCUAUCAAUUGAAGAAGCAAAAUCAGGAAACUAUAGUUGUGAAGUAGUAGAAUCGAACAGAGAAGGAGACAGGAUAGUUGAACUUACAUAUGAAACAAGUUCUGCCCAGCUACUAUUUCGAAAUAUCAGUUCUGUUGUAAUGCAUCCUUGUAAUACAACUGCCAUUCUACCUUGUUUUGUAACGAAUCUAAAAGACCACAAUGUUAAAAGAAUGUGUUUGAAGUGGAAACUAAAUGGAAAGGAAUUUUUUUCUUUUGAUGGAGAUGGUAAAGUCACGAAAAACGCUACUUUUUCGACUGCAGAAUUGCAGGAUCAAUCAAAGGUACCUGACGGCGAUGCCUCACUCAAGCUAUCAAUUAAAGAAGCAAAAUCAGGAAACUAUAGUUGUGAAGUAGUAGAAUCGAACAGAGAAGGAGACAGGAUAGUUGAACUUACAUAUGAAACAAAAAUAUGGUUAGAGCCAUGGGAAAGUACCUUCAUUGUUGUCACCAUAAUACUGGCUGUUCUUUUUUACUGGAUCCAGUUCAUAAUUGUUGCAAAAAAAUUUGACAUGACAUUUCUUAAGAAGAUCAGCUUAAGCUGUGCAGGACUAAUAGUCACAGUUGCUGCUGUGGCUGGCUGUUUUCUUUUAGUCCCAAAAGGAUAUUCACUAUCAAAUCGACUUGGCUUUAGCUUAAUCAUACUUCCUGCUGUCAUUUUAGUGCCCUUGCUCUUCGUAUUGUUAGGAUCAGUUUUUGAGAAACUGCCACGCUUUGCGAUUAUUCUGGUAGCCCUGAAAGCAAUUGGAUAUAUAAUUGCCCUGAUUGGAUUUAUCAUUUCUUUGUCAGGAUGCCUGAGAAAAGAGACUACUGUUGUGGUUGUAGGCUUAUUAAUUAUUGAUGUUGUAGCAGCAGUUGGUGUAAUCUAUGUGUUUAUUUUUGGUUCCAACUUGAAAGAUCAUCAACCCCCAAGGAAAGCUGUAGAAGAACCACUUAAUGAUGGAAAAGGAGUGAUGUUGGAAUGACGCUCCUGAUGCAAGGUAACCGAAUCUGAAAUGGACAUGGAAACAAGUGGAGACAGACUUUUGCUCAUACACCGUGGCCUUGAUGAUGCACUACUCAAAGAAAAAGAAAAUCAGGAAAUUCGUUGUUUUGCAUGUGUGGAGAAGUGCUGUAAUUUACAUGAAGUACUUUUAUAAUCACAAAAGCUACAAUAGAGUUCAAAAGAGAAGUGUUUGCACGUGAGGAUUUCUCUUUGGGGGUGGAGGAGGGCAAGAAUACAAAAGACUCUUUUUACCCACUGCAGUGUGUCUCUGUAGUACUGCACUUCUCACAAUAGUGUUGAACUGCCGCUUUGCAUAAAGACCAAACUUCAUGAAGAGCUACUUUCAGACAAUUCCAUGUUGGCACAUAAGCUGCCUUCUGUUCUGGGCCGAUUUCUGGGCCACUGCAUAGCAACUGCUGCGAUGGCAUUCCAGUCUCCUAUUGCAGCAGAUGUUGCACUGCAGCUGUGCAGAGGGUGUGGUAGGGGAUUGUAGAGGGUCCAGUUGCUCUGUUGUUUUUUAGAACUGUCCACCAGUUUAUCAGUUGUUCCAUUUGACAGAACUAAUAAUGUUGGUCAGUUUUAAAUCUACCUGAAAACAUCUGUCUGGUCACUAGAAAGCAGUUCAGCUAAGCCAGCAUUGGUAUGCUUGAAAGUACUUUAAGUUCACAGAUCAGACUUCUAUGGGACCACUUAAAACAGUUUUUUGUAUUGCAUGAUAAAUAAAAUGAGUAUUUUCUUCCUUGGUUUUACUCAUUGCCCAACCUACAAUCCAAACCCAACCUACCUUUUGAUGUUUUCUAUGACAAAUACAGAAAUCGCAUUAGAAUAAGAGAACUAUUUAUAUAAGCUCUAUUCAUGCCUAUAUGGCAUGAAUAAGACUGGAUAUAGUACAGGGUGAACAAAUACUGUUCCUAGUAUAACAUUUUUAAAGAACUAUAGCACUAGUCUUUUCUAAGAAGAGCUUGAUUUCCAGCUCUUUCAGAUGACCGCAAAAGUCCCCAUCCGCUCACUUGCUGUUCGUAUUCCUGCUGUAAAUAUUGUAAUUCUUUGUGCGCUUUACUGAUCAAUAUUGUAGUCCAAGUACCUUCCUCUGUUGCCCUAUUCUUUAUAAUGCCCCUGAAAGCAAGGGCCAAGAUCACCUUCAGUGGCACAAAUCCCAAGCUGAAUGUAGUCAUUAAUGUUCAUUAAAUUAUCUAGUAAAUGUUUGUCUCCUAUAGUCUGCUUUCCCCAGAAAUAUGCACAUACAUAGCUGUCCUCAGCUAGGCCAUAGAUAGCCAGCAUUCCAGAUGAGGUUGCAGAUUCUUGAAUUAACUAUGAUCUCUGGGAUCUUGCCUUUUAGUGAUUUACAUGUGCAGGAUUUAUGCAAGAGGAUCAAAGGAACUCUAUUUCUGUGCCUGUCCAAUUUUUAUAGACAUUGGAGAACUGUGUGGAGCCAUUCUACACAAAUGCCUUAAAAAGGCCUUGUCUUUUCUACCACCUUCCCAUUGAGAAUCUACCCACUAAAUCUACUGCAAGAGAAAUUGCAUUCAUUAAAGUAACAUUUCUGUUGUUCUGAGCCCUUAACUUGCAGUUUUGUCCCUUCUGUAAUUUCAGGUUAGUUUCAUGGAAUGCUGUUCAUUUCUUUAAGUGGUCAAGAGCACUUUUGUUCAGUCUUCUGUUAGCUUUUGAGGGCAAACUGACUGUAGAGGGUUUUCUAUCAAUAAAUUGUGUUUCACAUUUCUAAAGGUUUCUCCCCACCCCCAUUUUGUUUAAACCAGUUAGAGCACUGUCACAUUUGUGCUUACUUUCAUCCCUUCCCCUACCUGUGCAUUGGGCUCCAUUAAUAGCUAAGGACCUUGUGCUAUAAAUCUGGAAGACAGAAAUCCUAACCCAGUGCUGGAUGAAGUGUUGAGCCCAGUAGUAAACAAACAAACAAGCAAUCAUUCAUACACACACACACACACACACACACACACACACACACACACACAGAGUACAUUUUAUGCUGCUUUUCUAAAAAAGCAUUUAUACAAAAAGGUUCACACAAGAAAUUCAACUAGAAGAAAAAUCAGUAGACAGUAACAGAACUGGCAGCAGAAUAAAAUGCUAUUAAGCAAUCUUAAAAUACUUUCUCAAUUAAAAACAAAUUAUAAGCCAAUCGAAACAGAUGAAUCUUUAGGGCCCAUUUAAAAUUCAUAGCUGUGAUGCCCGGCUUGCUCUCUUUGGGCAAGGAGUUCCAGGUACAGCACCACAACUAAAAAGGCUCUGUCAAAACCAUCGCUGAAAAGUAUAUUUGAAAAGGGUACCCACUGGAGGCACUUGAAGCAGUUUGGCUUGCAUACUUGGAAUACUGUGCUGCCUAAGAGGAUGAAUAUAUUAUAUGGCUACUGGCUUUGUUUUAAAUAUUUAUUUAUUUGAUUGGUCAUAGAGCUAAUGGCUUGCAUUUCUGCAGCAGCUUCAAGAUGGUCUUUAUUCCUAGCCCUAUAUGGUGUGUUCUAUUCAGUCAUCUACGAAAGUUUGCUUACAUGCAUAAUUGAAUAAUGUGGGAUUCUGAAUUGAGACCCUUUAUUGAACAUUCUCACAUACUUCAAUUAUAUUCAUAUAAAGAUUGCAGGAAUAGGUGAGAGGCUUGUACAUUGGCCUUAAUUUCUACAUCAUUGGGAUAUGUCACUUUUUGUUCACAUCUGCACCAUUCAAUGCAAACAAAAGUCAAUUUUGUGUAUGUAUUGGUGAUCAGCAUUGGAAUAGGUCUAGUUCUUUUUCUCCAAAAAUUAAAUUUUUGGAGAUCAUGGAAGAUGAGAAUUCAAUUGGUGCUUCUGAUGCUACAUAUGAAACUGAAGUCCCUGUCAUGCUGUUUGCGUUCCAAAACUAUUUAAUUUUGUUUAAAACUUGUAUAAAGUGAAGCUGCAGUUAAGACAACUGUAUAGCCCCACAGAUGAAGCCAGGUUCCCCCCUGUAAAUAGCAUAUUGCUGAGACUUACAGAAAGGCUUGGGUUCACACAUGCCCUUUUGAGAAUGUUACACUGUCUGCAAGGGAUCUACUUUAGAUUUCUUGUUGCUUCCAUUAAAAAGCAAAUGUUCACUUCCCUACAUGGUAAUCCCCCCCCCCUCCCGCAAUGUUUUAAGAAACCAAAGUGGUUAUGGCUGUUUUAUUGACUGUGUGGGUUCAGUUUUUAUAUAUAGAUUUAAUGCCAAAUCCUUGAUGUUUGACCACUUGCAAAAAUCUUCAUUCUUUUAACCAUAAUAGCAUAUGUUUGUUUCUUGAACAUAGCUUUGUAAAUAGAAUUAUAAUUAAAAUAAAAUUGUUCUAAAACUU